AUGCCUCUCUCAAGCAAGAGCCUGGCCGGUCCAGGAUACAUCAUACUUAAUGCCCUCCGCGUCAUGAACAUCAUCAGCCUGUUAGCAAUCAUUGCUGCAAGCGUAGUGAUGCUGAUCAAGACAUCUACAAAGACUCAGUUCUUUUUCUUCGACGCUAUCAACCACGUCGUUGCAACAUGCACCUGCAUGUUCCUCAUCACCUCCGAGGUGUCCCUCUUCCGCAACUACUUCGCCCACGAAUGGCCAGUCCUCGGCUCCAACCACGGCUUCGUAGCCCUCGGUCUCGCCAUGGUCGUUCUUGGUGUGAACGUCCUGGGCCACCUGAACAAGGAGUCUCUGAGCCAAGAGAACAUGGGCCUAGCAUUCUGGCGUAUAGUCCUCGCAGCCGGCGUCCUUGCCUUCAUCAUCGGCCUCUUUAACGUCAUCGCCAGCUACAUCUUCCGCGACACCAGUCUCAACAUCACCGCCCGCCGCGUCCGCUCCCACGGUGCCGUCGCGAUCCGCAACAGCAACAGCACCAGCGGCAGCCCACCCCGCAAAUCCCUCAGCAUCAGCACCGCCUCAAUCGAACAGCACACCUUCGGGCACCACAGCCCGGCCUUCAAAUCACCCAUCUCGCUGCGGUCACCCUUCAAGAACUUUUCUCCCGCAAAGACCUUCCGCGCCGCCCGCGACUCGAUCUUGCCGUCCUAUCACGCGAACAUGAAGAAUGCGCCCGCGCCGUAUGCGAGCAGCCCGACGAGCGAGUAUAGCCAGCCGAUGAGCAAGAAGGGAGCAAGAGAGAGUGUCGGGCCGAGAAUCCCAAUCAACAUCUCGGCGCCUACGAACCCGAAUCCGGCGUAUGCGCACUUGGUGAGGCCGGAGGUUGCGAAGCAUCCGAGUGAGAGGAGGGGCGAGGGGAACAUGUUUUAA